AUGGUCAACAUACUUUGUGUCAAUGACCUAAAGAACUACCCAUACGGAUCCACACAUCGCGAAGCCAAAGCCAUUGCCACAGGUACCUUAACUGUAGUAACAACCGAGACACACAGCUACCCUCGAGGCACCGUUUUGUUACUGGAAAGAACUAGCAAGAGCGUCAUUCCUUGUCUAGUGAACCGAUUACAUACGCACGCAGUAAACACAAAGGUGUUUAUCAAGAAGUGGAAUCUUGUAAAUCUACAGGAAGGAGCUAAUUCAUGCCAUCUGGAAUUCCGGUUGGAGUAUGUGUAUACAGACGAGGAGUGCAAAAAGUCGAUAUUGAAAGAAGCACUCCGGGCAGAUGCUUUUCCAUUCAACCAGAGCCUGAGACGUGAACAUCAGUACUACACACCUGGAGAUCAGCUUCAUUCAAGCAAGAACGUCUGCAUGGCAGGUAUUGUGUAUGCAGUGUCCACACUGUAUGUGCAGCCAGGCGAACCAGUCAUGUUCUUUGUACAAAUGACAAGCAGCAACAUCCAAACAGCAGACACCGGCGCAGAACUAACAGCUAUCAACGUGCUGUUUCGCGACAAUAAAUGGAUCGAGUACUACCGUUAUUUUCAAAUAGGAGGCGCCUUUGCAUUUCAAAACCUUGAAGUAGAUACCAUACACAGCACAGACCGCCACUCGUUCAAUGUCCUGACGUUUGGUCCCAGAACAAAUGUUCAAUCCAUCACAUUUUCACAGUACGAGAGCAUUUGCAGCAACCGAACCGACAGCAGCAGCGAACCACCCAGCAAGAAGCAAUUGACUUUGAUCCAUGUCCACAAACACAAGGCAUACACUGGCACCAUCACUCGUGUCAUUGACAGCAUGUUUGGCAUCUACGAAUUGGAUCACACAAUCAUUGUGUCUCUAUUCCACCUGUUUAGCUACGCUGCAGAUAUGCCAUAUCGAAUUGACACACAAGUGCGCCUACACCAUUUUCAUGCAGUGAUUGUGAAUCCUGAAGAUGGCAAAACCAGUUAUUUGUUACAGCACGUUUGGCAGGCCAACAAGGCGGACGAGGGCUACUUUGCGCUUGCUGCUUGCAUGCAAAGUCAUGUUGAAGUACUGAAAUUCCCCAAGAAUCACAACGUGUUUGAGGAGAUAACAAAGCCGUUCUUUCUAGCACACAAUACAGAUCUAGACUCACAGAUCAAGUCGAACGUUUACACAGAUAUCAUUCGUCGAAAAUCCACCUUUCAGCAACUGUUACGCCAAUUGGAGAUCUAUGCAGCAUUGACAGUCAAGUUUGUCGAUACGCAAAUUGUGAAGGAUAUUCACGGAUUCCAGCAUGCUUACAACACAGUGAGGAAUCAAGUAUUUGCAACAACGCAAACACCAGUCAUGCGGGCUGGAGACAUGAUCAAUGAUUUCGUAUUGCAUGAUACUGUCUGCUUGUUGGUGGGAGAGGGCAACCUUCGUAUAGUGAUUGAUGCCUAUCCAUCGCUAGACAAAAUCCAGGCCAAUUUAGAGACGAAACUUGAGGACCAUACGUUGGAUUUAGCUGGUGGAAAUACCAUGUUUGAAAAGGAAUAUGUGCUGACUCAAAAGGCGGAUUAUGAUCAGACGGCAGACUACUACAUUCUGGGCAUGCUGCAAGUGGCUCGCGAUGGCAGACUGUACCUGAUAGACAAUGAAUCUCGUGUUUUGUUCGUGCUGGCGGCACCCUCUUCGAACGCUAUAUCAGCCAGGACGGGAGAGAUCUGUAUGGUGCGACGUCUACACAUGUUUACAGAAGAUUUGGCUUUUGUAGACAAUGAAAAUGAGGAGUUGAUCCAACGAAAAGACCUGCGUCUGACGUAUUUUGUGUGCCAACACAAUGAUUUACUACUGCUGCGGGACACUGAAAAUGACAACGAAAGCGUCACUUUUUGCUUACCUGAUCUAGAAGAUGCUCCUCUGACAAGAAAGCUGGACAGGUUGUCUGUACCGCUCAAGCCUACUGGAGGAAGUAAUUAUCUGCCUACAGAGCACCGGUACCUGGCUGUCCAUGUAGUGAACCGGUUUCCGGUGGAGGUGUGUUUUACUACAAAUGGAACCGUCCAUCUUGAAUGUCGAGUGCUUGUGAAAAUGUACCAGAUUAAGGGCCUGGGUUCUACUGCUUCUCCAUCUGGCCCAAGUGGCAUUGUUGCCGAUGGCUCAAAAAACUAUGCUCUGGUGUUUACUUCUCUCAAGAAUUCACUGCAGUGGCACCUUGAUUUUCAAGUGGGCUCCUACUGGGUCAUCUACGGACUGGAUGCACCUGAAUCAUUCAUCGAAAGUAUUACCAAUAUCUCUCCUUUUGCGCUCACAAUAGAUGCCGACAAUCAUACAAUAUAUCCCAUAGUACCCUCAACUGACAGUACAAACAAGAUCCAAUUGACACCACACUACAGCCAAAACACAAUUGGACAGGACCCUCAGUCCGUGGUUUACAAUGUCUCUCAACUGACCGACACACACCUGCCACCUGGUAUCACUACCGCGACAAUACCGCAACAUUUCGCUGAGCAAUUGGUUCAUGUGCAGGGCGUCGUCAUCAUCAAGCGUUUCAUGGAAGGAUUUUCAUCCCAUGGCACACUCAACAAGCAUGCUUUCAAACUCUACAGUCAGCUAGGUAUCAGCACUGGCAAGACGAAUCGGAAACUAUUCGUUCAAUUACGCCAACCUGACAGCCUCCAAGUCAUUAGUAUCUACAUGGACGUGCACAAGACGCACUAUCCUGUGGGCUUGGUGAUAGGUGCAACAGUUACUUUCCGCAACUUGAUUCGUAAAAAGAAGGCCUAUUCAAACGAGGAGUUCUUCUUCUUGGCGAAUUCCGCAACAUGUAUACACAUCAACGACACAACACCCUCACCCAGCGUGGUAUCCAUGGAGCCUGCCCUCAUCCACACUCGUCUCAUCUCCUCCUUUUUGGACACUGUUAUUGGACGACCAAAGGAAGGCGAUAGACAGAUCUUUAGAUUGUUCUGCUACAUUCAUUCCAUCAUCAACCUCACCUUGAAGUGGGAGUGUCGAGAUUGCGGUUCCAUUGUGCGAAACAAUGAUUGUUAUGGUAUGUGUCAGGGCGCCUCCCGCGUGUUCUCUGUGCAUGCGUUUGUUCUGGUCAGUGAUGGUACGGGAAAUGCGACUGCAAGCAUUGAUGGUGAACGCCUGGUCUUUCGCCUACUCCAAUUAAGCUCAAACCAGAUUGAUGCGUUAAAGAACCUGGUGCUCAAUUACGGUCAAUUAGCCUAUGGGGGAUUGGGUGGAGGCAAGGUCACCACCAUGGACGAUGAAGAGGAGAGGAUGAGCUAUGAUCCCGAGAACGAUCAACGCAGCGCCAUGCAUGGAUAUACACUGGAAGAUCUCUGCAACAAUGCUAAAAGGGCGGGCCAGUUUUAUCUCUAUGGCCAAGAACAAAGCAGCGGCAAAAAGAGAGUCAGCGAUGAAUUUAAUGAGGAUUUGAUCAAGGAAUUCCAGCUUCGACGAUUCAAGAUAUCUGACAACGGGAGUUUAUUGAAAACUGCUGAAUUAUCCAAGCUAAGGAUCAAGGUGAUUGAAAUUACGUUCCCUGAUGCUCGCAUGGUUGCCUACGAAAUGCUGGAUUCUUUGAAUCAAAAUAAUAUACCCCCUGAAAGCGCCUCUGCUUCUCUACCUACCUCUAUAGAGGUAGCAGACUUUGAUUACACUGUGCAAUUAAGAUAG